AUGGCGAAGCAAGGUGCUAAUAGGGCGGAGUCAUUGCUGGAACGGAGUGAGGACGAAGAGGGCGAAUGCGCAGUACGGUGGGCUCUCGCUGAACUCACCUGCGUCCUCGAAGUGACAAGCAAAAAAUUGGACUGGGAGGAGCCUGCCACCCUGCUUCGAUUAAAAGCCUCGGCUCGCAAUGCUGACGACUCUUCCUCUCCUGCAUUCACAACUCAUCUCUCCUCCUCUGCUGCUGCUUUUGCACGUCCCUCAUCAUCAUUUUAA